UGUUGGGUCGUGUCUUCUGUCCAUCUCCUGAGGACCUGAACGUCAGCAAUGGAGCACAAGCGAUCGGCCGGCACUGCCGCGUGGUCCGGCGUGAGAGGCGGUCAUACGGUGGCGGAAGGCGAGGUCAUGAUCCAGAAAGGCCUACAGGAUCCAAAAGUGAAGUUUCUGAGGGAGCAAUUGGAGAAAGCCGGCUGCAAAAUUACUGAUAAUUUCUUCAAAUCCGUCCGCUGCGAUACGCCGAUGUCUGGCUUUUUCUGUCCGAAGAGCAACGGUGGGAUUCAAGUAUGUGCAAACAAUUUGAGAUUUCAAGAUGAAGUAACACAAGUGCUUAUCCAUGAGCUCAUCCAUGCAUAUGAUCAGUGUCGUGCUAAAAAUAUGGACUGGGGAAAUCGUACUCAUCGAGCUUGCACAGAGAUUAGAGCCAGCCAUCUCAGUGGGGACUGUCAUUUCUUGAGAGAGUUGUUGCGUGGUAACUUUAAGAUAAUAGGUCAUGAACAAGCUUGCGUGAAGCGAAGAGUGGUCAAUUCAAUGACUGGCACUAAUACUAACUGCUCAAAAAUUGCUGCUACAAUCGCCAUGGAAGUUGUAUGGGAUACUUGUUACAAUGAUACAGCGCCUUUUGACAAAGCUCCUUGAAUCAUUACAAUUUUCUUACUUCCUAACUCGGUUUACAAUGGAUUCAAGCUAUUGAACGGUGGCCAUCAAGGGAUAAAGGAUUACCGAGUUUCUUUGGUUAGAUUAGAUAGAUGAUGGUUUAUAGGGGACUGAAGAUGUUGUUAAGUGAGUCUCUUUGGCCAUAAACCAUACUUAAGGAUCAAGGUCUUAAGUGUGGGUGAUUCUAUGUAUGUAUGCAUUUGAGUCUUACCUUAUAGAGGGCUUUUGGUUUUUUAUGAUUCAUGAGCAUUGUAUUUAAUUACUAAGCUUGAGCCUCAAAUUUAAGAUCCUCAAAA